GUGAUAUCUUGUAACUUGAACUAUUGUAUCAAAAUAGGUAAUAUUCAUUAAGAAAAGUUUAUACAAUUAAUCAAAAUGGGUACAACUAUAAACCAGAAAGCGUACUUGCAAAAAUAUCUGAGUGGUCCGUCGAAAGACAAAAAGAAAAAGAAGAAAAAAGUUAUCAAAGGAACUGGAUUGAAAAUAAUCGAUGAUGACAUUGACCUGUCAAAGCUUCGCACCCUAGAAGGGGACGAGCUAGAUGUGUUUGACCAGGGAGAGGACGCCCCCCAGAUUGCAGGCAUCAUUGAUGACAGGCCAGAGGAAGUCAAGAAGGCCGAGCAGUUCAGUUCUAGCACCAAAUGGAAAGUUAUUAAUCAGGAUGACGGAUUCAACAGUAAAAUACAAAUAGAAGAGAUAAAAAGAGACAUAAAACAGACAGAGAAAGAGAAUGAACUGAUCUUUGGUAAAAUGUAUAGUGACUCUGAGGAUGAAAAGGCAAAGGAUUCUGACCUUUCUCCACCAAGGAAACAGGAUUCUGAUAAACCUAAGGCUUCCAAAAAGCAAGAUAGUGACAGUGACUUCAGCCCUCCCAGAAAAAGAGCUAGCAGGUCUCCUAAAAGAAGUCCUGAUAGGUCUCCCAGAAGAAAACAAGUUAACAGACAUGAUGGCACAAAAAGAAGAAAUGACAGAAGAAGUCCUGAUUCAGAUCCUUCUCCUCCAAGAAAGCGGGAUACUGAUAAAGCUAAAGCUUCGAAGAAGCAUGAUAGUGACAGUGACUUUAGUCCUCCUAGGAAAAAGAGCAACAGAUCUCCUAAAAGAAGUCCAGACAGAUCUCCUAACAGAAGAAAUAUGAACAGAUCCCCCUCUAGACAUGAUGGCACAAAACGGACCAAUGACAAGUCCCAUAAACGAAGAAGUCCGAAUGACUCCGACCUUUCUCCACCGAGAAAAACUUCAAAAACUCACGGCAGUGACAGUGACUUAAGUCCUCCUAGGAAAACGGAUACCAGAUCUCCUAAAAGAAGACAGUUUAGCAGAUGGGAAUCUCUUCCCAAGCCUGAUAGUACAAAGAGAAGCAGUGAGAAGUCAGUUAAAAGGAGAUCUCCAGAGAAGUCGCCAAAGAGGAGUUAUAAAGAUAAUUUUGAUAGGAAUAGAAAGAGAGAGAAUGAUAGCCCCCCACCGUCCAAUAAGAAGAUGGCUAAGACACUAGAAGGCAAGAUGGCGGGUUUGCAAGACGCAAGACAGUUGAGACAAGAAAAUGAAACGUUUAGGAAAAAGGAAGAUGAAGUAUUCAAUAAAAUGUCUGAUGAAGUUUCUGGAAGGAAUGCAGAGGUUGUGUCGAGGAAAUUGAAACGAGAAACGUCCGAAGACAGGCAAAAGCAGAAAGAAAAGGCUGACCGACAGAGAGAACUGGAUGAAAAAUACAAGAAGUGGUCUAAAGGGAUAAAACAACUGGAAGAGCAAGAGGCUCGUGUCCAGGAGUUUAUGCACGAGUCGUCGAAGCCUCUGGCCCGUCUCCGCGACGACAAGGACCUGGAGGACAACCUGCGGCAGGUGGAGAGGGACGGAGACCCCAUGCUGAAGUACAUGAGGGAUCGGAAGCGAGAGAGAGGGGAGCUAGGACCAGAAAAACCACUAUACAAGGGCAAUUUCCCCCCAAAUCGGUUCAACAUUCGCCCCGGCUACCGGUGGGAUGGCGUCGACCGGUCCAAUGGCUAUGAAAAGAAAUACUUCGAACAACAAAGCAAGCGCAAGGCACAAGAGGAAGAAGCCUACAAAUGGAGUACAGAAGACUUGUAAUCUGUAUUCUAUUUCUUCAAACAUAAGGUUGAAUUUAACGUUGUGCAUAAUUACGUCAACCAUUUUUUUAUUUUUUACGAAAAGAAAAUGUAAAUACAUUUUUUGUAGACAAUAAAAAAUCAAGGAAUUA